AAAACGAAAAGAUUACAUUAUUUUCUAAUAGCGGCAGUGACGCGGCGGCACUUGCUAAUAUAUUACCAUUUUGUUCAAUAAGCGAAGGCAAGGAAAAGAAGAAAAAAAAAUACCUAUAAAAUUUAAAAUAAAAUUAUAAUAUUUUAAUUAUCUAGUAAUCCAAAUUCACCAAUAUGGUGUUAAUGAACUUUUAAAGUUUAAAAUGCCAUCAUUUAAAUAUAAAAGUUUUAUUUAUUUUUAAAGGUAAAAAAAAAAACAACAAAAACAAGAAACUAAGUGCAUUUAAAAUCAUAAACCGUAUGAAAUAAAAAUAAUUAUUUUCCGAAAGUAAUGCAAGUGGAAAGCGUGAAACAAAAUAAGAAAUAUUGAAUAAUUUUGACAGGAAAAUAUCUAAAAAUAGCUUUAAGUAUAAAGCAUAUAUGAAUAUUUAUAGACGUGUGGUCUUACAAUUUUUGUACACAAAAAACAAAGACCAUAUGCAACAUGGGGGCUAUACUUGCAAAGUUUCGGAAAGAAAAAACCACAAUUGAAAUAUUAGAGCGAUUGGAUGAAGAGAUAAAAGAGAUAGAAGAAUAUACAAUAUCAACGCAAGCUAGACAAAAAAGAUAUGUUGGAAAUUUAUUAGUUAUUUCAAUAGGAUUAUAUAUUUUAUGCUUUAUAGUAUUUUAUUUUGCAUUUUUUCCGCCAACAUGGAUGGAACGUGUAACAUAUUCAGUUCCUUUAUUAAUAUUUCCGUUUGUAAUUUUCCUAUUAAAACACCUCGUUGCGUGGUUUUUCCAAAGAAAGUUAAAUGAUAAAUCGAUAAAAUUAAAAAAAUUAAGAGGAGAGAAGAAAAAGGUGUUAGAAAAAGUUAUGGAUAAAGAAACCUAUAAGGUUGCAUUAGAAAUUUUAAAUAGAUUUGGAGACAAAUCUAAUGGUCUAAAAGGAGCAACUCCAAUGCCGCCAAAAAUUGAAGUGUCUACUCCUGCCAAACAGUCGCCUUUACAAAAUAAGCAACAGCCAAAUUCACAGUCACAAGUUUUGAUUCGUAGAUCAACUCCCGUUAGCCAACAGCAACCGCAGCUUGUACGUGGUCCGUUAGCAUUUCCAAAUACGCCUGGGGGAAUAUCGUCGCCUUCAACUCCUCUCUCGCAUUUACAAGCCAUACAACAAAGAGCAUCACCAAUGCCAAUGCAAAUGCAACAGCAAAUUCGAAGACGAACACCUUUUCCUUUUAUUAAUCCACAUAAUAAAAGUGUUUUAGAUAAAUUUGUCGAUUAUUUAAUAGGUGAUGGCAUUCAAAAUCGUUUUGCGAUGAUAUGUAAAGAAUGUUACAGUCAUAAUGGAAUGGCGUUACAAGAUGAAUAUGAGUAUACGCCUUUUAGGUGCGUUUAUUGUAAUGCAAUAAACCCUUCUAAGAAGUCUCGACCGGUAGCACCAAAAUUACCUGAAACUACUGGAUCUAAUGUCAAUUUAAGUCAAAAUGCCACUGUCAGUAGUUUGCAGAGAGAUGAAAGUACUGAUAGUGAAAAAGUUUCGUCUUCUGAUAAAUACUCUGGCUCAGAUACAGAAGAUGAAAAGUUAAAAUUAGCAACGAAAGAAAUUAACAAAGAUGUAGAAGAAGAAAUUUAUGAGCAAAAUAUUGGAAAUAGUGAAGAUAUUGAAAAUAAAGACACAGUUACAGAAAAUCCAAUGAUUGAGAAGGAAGACUAAACGUUUCAUUGUAUAUAACAAUAACAAGAAAGAAAUUGUUAAUAUAUUUAAUUUGAAAAAAAAAACAUUUUGUAUAUUUUACUAUACGUACUUGUAAAUAACAAAAAAAAAAUUACGAAGUUUAUAAGUUAAUCCAUGCAAUGAUAUAUUUUGGAUUGACAAGAAAAAAAGUAAUUAGAUAUAAAAAAUAACACUAGUCUAGACUAGCCAAUUAAAUUUUAAAUUAUUUUUUAUAUUAUUUAUUAAAAUUUUCAUGUUUUGCCGAAUUUACGAAUCUUCUUAAUGUUUUACUCUUGUUUUUUUUUAUUUGAUUUAUUCUUUUAAUAGUUUGGAAAAUUUGCAGAAAAAAUAACGUAGUACUAAACAAUUUUAAUAGACUGUUAUGCAAGCACUUAGUUAUCAAAAUAGUUAUAUUGUGAAUUAUUAUAAAUUAUUAUAAAUAAUAACAUUGAAAUAAGUAAACGAAAAAUUUAUAAAAAUUAUUUUGUUUAUUUUUAUUGUAAUUUCCUGGUUUUAUAAAAGCAAUAUUCGUGUUAAAAUAUACCACCAC